AUGGCACUUCCGCAAACAGUUGUCAAAGAACUGGAAGAAGCCUUCUUCUUAUUCGACUACGACAACGACGGCAAAAUAACAUCAAAAGAAGUUCCAAGUGCUGUCAGGUCUGUCGGCCUCAAUCCAACUGAAAAUGAACUGAAGGAUAUCAUUGGAGAUGUUAAUGGAAUCGGUGGGAAGGUGGAUAUAAAUACACUAUGCCAGAUCAUUUCUAAGAGAAUCAAAAACCCUAAAACGACACCCGAAGAACUCAGGGAUGCUUUCCAGGUUUUCGAUAAACAGGGCAACGGUCUGAUAUCAGUGCAGGACCUGAGGACGUCUCUGACGUCACUCGGCGAGAGACUGAGCAACGAAGAGUUGGAUGAGUUAAUUAGAGAGGUGGAUCAGAAUGGGGAGGGGAUGAUCAAUUAUCAAGGUCAUGGUCGAUGUCGCUGUUGGUAG